AUGUACUAUUCGUUAUUGACGAUCAAACUAGACUAAAAGUCGAAGCCCGCCCAAACCAAAGCCCGAAGCCCGAACUCUAUCAUACUAUCUCCAUUUACCAAGAAAAAAGGAUUACAUUAAUUUAUUUUCAACAAUUUAUUUAUUUAGAAUUAGACAAUAAAAUACUACAAAAUUCAACUUAGAGUGCUAAGCAAGCAAAAACCGCCAUGGAUGCACAGCAACAGCAGCGACAACAAGGUAUUCCUAACCGUCCAAGGCACGGCGGCGAUGGUGGCGGCGGAGACUUCACUCCUAUUCUCACUGUGCUGGUUGCUUUCAUCGCCAUUUUCGCAUUGGUUGUGGCUCCUUCUGUGUCGACAUUAAAUAACAGUUUAUCCAUUUUACAUCAAGUCCCCGAAGGUCAUGUUGGUGUCUAUUGGAGAGGAGGUGCCCUUUUAAGUACAAUAACUGAUCCAGGUUUUCAUUUGAAACUGCCCUUUAUAACUCAGUUUGAGCCCAUUCAAGUUACUCUUCAAACAGAUCUGGUGAGGGAUAUUCCAUGUGGAACCAAAGGAGGUGUGAUGAUCAACUUUGAGAAAAUAGAAGUUGUUAACCGUCUUCGGAAGGACCAUGUGUACGACACUCUGCUGAAUUAUGGGGUCAAUUAUGAUAACACAUGGAUAUACGACAAGAUCCACCAUGAGAUCAAUCAGUUCUGUAGUGCUCACAGCCUUCAACAAGUUUACAUUGACAUGUUCGAUCAGAUCGAUGAAAAAAUGAAAGAUGCUCUUCAGGCCGAUUGCACACGAUAUGCGCCAGGUAUUGAGAUUCUCAGUGUACGUAUUACAAAACCUAGCAUCCCAGAGAGCAUAAGACGAAAUUUUGAGAACAUGGAACAGGAGCGCACCAAGGUCUUGAUUGCAGUAGAGAGACAAAGAGUUGCUGAGAAGGAAGCAGAGACACAGAAAAAGAUAGCAAUCAGUGAAGCUGAAAGAAAUGCUCAUGUUAGUAAGAUCCAGAUGGAACAGAAGUUGAUGGAAAAAGAUAGUGCAAGGAAACAAGAGGAAAUUGCAAAUUCAAUGUACCUAGCUCGUGAAAAGAGCCUGGCAGAUGCAUCUUACUAUCGAACAAUGAAAGAAGCAGAAGCAAACAAGCUGAAGCUUACUCCAGAAUUUCUAGAACUGCGAUUCAUUGAAGCUAUAGCUAACAACUCGAAAAUUUUCUUUGGGAACAAGGUGCCCAACAUGGUUCUUGACCAAAGACUCCUUGGGAACUUUUUGCAAGACACUGCACCACGCGCCGAGUCUUAGUGGUGUACUGUUUAUGCUCGUUUGUUGAAGCUUCGAUAGUAUAGUUUUUCUGGUACAUCACAUGGAGAAUGAUGAAGUGUGUUUCAUUCUGUAGUUUAUGGCAUCAAGUUUUUGCCCUUAUUUGGACGUGGAAACUCUCCAUUCUUCAAUAUGCUAUUUUCUUGCGGCAUUCCACGGAUUGUGAAUGGACAUGGAAACUCUCCAUUCUUUAAUUGUCAGAACUCAGAUGGGCCCUAUUUUUGUGUGUCA